GACUUGGCCACUGAGAGUGGAUUCAAGCAGUGCCUUCACACGUCCAUGAGAUUGAAGUCGGGCGGCGUCCUUUGGUUCCCCCCGCCGUACUGCGGGACCCCCGUCGAAGACACCAUCGAGAACGUUCCAGAGGCCAAACGCGAGGAGUACAUCGACAUCGCGAAGAAAGUGUGCUUUCUGAGCAUGGUCGCAGUGCGGCGCCAGGUCACAAUCAUCGUGGAGGCCGCGCUGGAGAGCUGGUUCUGGAAGUGCCCGCUUUGGCAGAACAUGGCGAGGUCCCACGGCAUGUACUGCUCCGACCUGGUCUGGUGCGCUUACUCCGACGAUGAGCCCUACAAUACAUUCCAGCACCACGUGAGGCUGAUGGGGACCGAGUGGUGGGUCGGCGUGCUAGGCAGCAAGUGCGAGCACGGAGAAGGCGUUCACCCGCGUCGUCGCCUCGUUUGGCUGAACGAGAUCUACCCGCCGAAGCUCGCUGACCGUAUCGUUGAGACGUACGAUAUGUUCGCCCGCACGGAGGUUCCUGAUCCUGGGCCUGUUCCGUACCACGAAGCAAGCAGUGAUGAUUUCUCUCUCGGGAUGAAGCUUCUGGAGACGGGUCGGCCCAGGAAGUUGGCGCGGAUGGACUCGGCAGUUUCGGCAGUUUCAGAGAAGCUAAGCGCCCCUCUGACUGGGCUGAGCGAUUCGGACGAAGAGCCAGACAAGAGCGAUGGCAUGACUGAGCUCGAGCAGAAAGCAUUCUUCAUGACGAGCACGCCCAAGCGCGACCAGCACGGCAAGUUCACUCAGGAGAGCAUGGACCAGUUCACGGAGGAGCAGAAGGCCAUCCAGGCGGCGCUCGAGCAGGAGGCGGCGGACCGCGAGCUCGCCGUGCGCAUGCAGCAGCAGGAGGUGCGGGAGGUCGUGAAGGCCGAGCUCGAGCGCUCCGAGGCGUCGGGGUCCUCGGGGAACAGGGGCCUCCCGAGCAACGCGACGAUUGCCCGCUCUGCCACCGCGCUCGACGUCGAGGGGGCCCCCGUGGAAGUCGUCGACAGCCCCGACGGCGCGACCCCCGAGCGGGGCCGCCCGUGCCCCGUCCCCGCGUUCCGCGACCCGAGCCCGUCGAGCUCGUCGUCGAGCGGCCCAGCCUGA